CGCGGGUGGCGGAGCCGGCACCGCUCGCCGCCCGCGCCGCUGCCGCCUUGCUGGGCGCGCACGCGCCCCGCCACCCCCCGCUACGAACGGAGCCAAUCGGGGGCGGCCGCGCGGGGGGUGCCGGGAGCGCGGCGCGGGACCAUGCAGGCGGCGCUGCGGCGGGGGCUGGGCCGGGCGCCCCGGGUGCUCCGCGCCGCUGAGGCGGCCCCGCGGCCCCGCUGCGCCCCGCCGGCCCCGCGGUGCUGGAGCUGCGGCGGCGCCCUCCCCGGCGGCGCGGGGCUGCCGCGCUUCUGCCCGGACUGCCGGGCCUUGCAGCCACCGGCGCCGCGGCCCGACCUCUUCCGCCUGCUGGGCUGUGACCGCUCCUUCCGCCUGGACGUGCAGCAGCUGCAGCGGCGGUUCCGGAGCCUGCAGCGCGCCCUGCACCCCGACCGCUUCGGCCGGAGGCCGCCGAAAGAACAGCACUACUCCGAGCAGCACUCCUCCUUGGUUAACAAGGCCUACCAAACCCUGCUGGACCCGCUGAGCCGCGGCCUCUAUCUGCUGGAGCUGAAUGGAGUGGAGCCGGCACAAGAGACAGACUGUGAUGCGGACUCAGAGUUUCUCACAGAAAUCAUGGAAAUUAACGAGAAAUUAGCGGAAUCUAAAAAUGAGGAUAUCCUUGAAGAAAUUGAAACUUUAAUUAAAGUUAAACAAGAAGAACUGACCAAAGAGGUGACUGCAGCUUUUGAAAGAGAUGAUCUUCAAGAAGCUAAGAAGCUUUUAGCCAAAAUGAAGUAUUUUGCAAACUUAGAGGAUAAACUAAAGAACAAGAAGAUCCCUCCCUGAUACUGCUUCCUUUAAGAAUUAUUUUCAAUUAAACAGCUGAUUUCACUACCAAAA